AUGGAGCCCGACAAAGAGAUUCCGCUUGACGAUUUACGAACGGAUAGAGAUAGAGGUCGCGCCGCCACAAACACCACCCGGGUGAAAAUGGCCAGACUGGCGCUCGACUUCCUCUUCUUUCGGAGGUUCUGGCGCCUUCUGAAAAUCCUCUUCCCAUGUCAUCGUCGGUCGAUAACCGCGUGGCUCGCCGGAGCUCUUCUCGUCGCCACAGCGGUAGAUCAAGUGAUGACGUAUCUCGUCGGAAUACAGCCAAGUCUGUUCUACGUGGCACUCGGAAAUCGGGAUAUUGAUACGUUCAAGAGUUUGUGUGCGAGAGGAGCCGCGAUUAUUAUUGGAAAAGCAUUUACACUAGCAGUAUUCAAAUAUCUCACUAAUAUGCUCGCAAUCAAAUCUCGCCAAGUUUGCAAUCUCACAAUGCAUAGAUUAUACUUCAAAAGACAAGCAUUUUUCAAGCUUUCGUCAUCUGGUGAUAUGCUAGACAAUCCAGAUCAACGUCUCACGCAAGACAUUGAAAAAGCCACUCGGAUUCUCUCAAAUGAUCUCUUAGCCCCAGUUGUCACUGCUCCAUUUAUCAUCGGGUAUUAUACAUGGCUGACCUAUGAGAGUUCCGGAUGGAUUGGUCCCGCAGCGAUCUACUCGUAUUUUGUAGUCCAGACGAUUAUUAACAAAUUAGUUCUGUCUCCAAUUGUCCAGAAGGUAUCGGAACAAGAGAAAAUGGAAGGAGAUUUCCGUCAGCGACACAUGGAAGUUCGUUCAAAUGUCGAAGCGAUCGCCUUCUAUCGUGCCGGCGUUUUGGAGAAUAUCAUGACAAAUCAGAAAUUGAAAUCACUGAUUUUAACACAAAAAUCGCUGACCGAAUGGAGAAUGUUACUGAACGGAAUCACCAACAUUUUCGAUUAUUUCGGCGGAAUUCUCUCAUAUCUUAUCAUUGGUAUUCCCGUCUUCAUCACUCAUCUCUAUGACGACGUUACGCCUGCAGAAUUGAACGGAAUCGUUUCAAGGAAUGCCUUCUUCUAUCUCUACCUCAUCUACAGCUUCUCAACCGUCUUGAAGCUUGCUGGAGAUUUCGGAGAGCUCGCUGGAGUCACUCAUCGUGUUAUGGAACUUCACGAAGAGUUGAAUCGCCUCCACUCGGAUUGUCUUGAAACCGAUCGUCCUCCGUCAACUGUCCCAUCAUCUGUCGUCGUCAUCGCUUCAGAUGAGGAUGACAAAUCAGCGACACGUCAUAUGCAAGAGAUUCACGGAAAACAAAUGUCAUUGGAGAGAGAUGAGCAAGAAGAGGAGGAGGCGCAGUAUUUGUUGGGUGGAAAAACGAAUGGAGAUGAUGAGUGGCCGGAUGAUGGAGUUGCGAUCACAGUUGACUCGGCGACACUUUCUCCCCCGAAUGAUCAUGGUCACUUGAUUGUACAGUUGCUUUCCCUCCAAAUCAUCCAAGGUCAAACCCUUCUCAUCACCGGAGACAGUGGUACUGGAAAGUCUUCUCUUCUCCGAAUGUUCGCUGGUCUCUGGCAUUGUUCAUCAGGAAAAAUGGACUGUCAUUGGCGUCGUCUCACUUCGAAUCUCUUCUUCCUCGCUCAGAAGCCAUAUUUCCCAUCUGGAAACACCACUCUCCGACAGCAAAUUGUUUAUCCCGUAAAAGCUCUGCAAGUUGAUAAAGAUGUUGCGAGAAUCACUCAAAUCCUUGAAUGGGUUAAAAUGGAGCACCUCAUCGAACGAUGUGGAGGGCUUGAUACUCCAGUUGAAUGGGAUUGGAUGAAGACGUUGUCGCCUGGAGAGUUGCAAAGAAUGUCGUUGGCAAGAGUGUUCUAUACACGGCCACGAAUUGUGUUCCUGGAUGAAUCCACGUCGGCGAUUGGGUUCGAGUUGGAAAUGCAAAUUUAUAAAAAACUGCAAGAGGAGAAGAUCACAUUUGUGUCAGUUGGACAUCGCUAUUCGCUCAAGCAAUUCCACGAUAUGGAGUUGAGAGUGAAGGGCCGCGGCGGUGAAUGGUCUCUCCAUGACAUCGAUACGGCUUCGAUAGCCAGCCGGACUGCCAGUUUCCUCGGCACCGACACUGUUCUUUCCAUGUAA